GAAACUCGCUCAUUCAUUCACAUCAUCAGCAAGCAUCAAGAAGAAAAUCACCGACAGGAUCUUCAGAGCAUCGAGUGAGUUGAAGAGCAAGAGGAAAAUGAAGUCUGCUGCAGUUUUUGUUGCAUUUGCCUGUCUACUUAUUCUUCAUGUAGAAGGACAGGCCAGAACCAGUGUAAGGAGGUGUUUGUGUCAGGGUCCUGCGGCUAACGCAGUUCGUCUACAACGUGUUGAAAAGAUUGAAGUGUUUCCUGUUAGUGCAUCUUGUGAAAAUGUGGAAAUCAUUGUCACUCUGAAGAACGGAGCAGGAAAAAAAUGCUUGAAUCCCAAAUCUGAAUUUACUAAAAAAUACAUCAAUGCAGCUUUAGAAAAAAAGAAAGCAGCAUAAAGCCUGCAGCGUGUCAUUACUGAACAGACGUGGAAGAAGAGUGCAGAGAGACAGAUUACUAAAAAUAUUUAAAAUGCUGUGAAAAUGUAUAUAUGAUAUGUAUACUGUUUAAUUUAUGAGUUACUUCUGUGUAUUGUUGGAUUUGUGUAUUUUUUGAAAAAACAUGCAGUUGGAAAGCUAUUGUUUUUGUAUAUUAACAUACUGAAUAAUAAAGUCAGCACAUAGCAGUGC